GAUGAUCUAAAAAAUUAUAAAAAAAAAAAUAUCAGUGAGACAAAAAUUUAAGUAGUGAGACAAAAGUUUAAUUUGGUUAAACAAACCGUGAGAGCGAGUUGAUAAAAAUAAACCAUCCGGUUUAACGAACUCAACAUUAAUUGUGCAUGAAAAGUCUCACUGAUUCAGACAUAACAUCUCUUGGCAUCACAGCACGAAGACACGAUGGUGAAGACCAACAACGGUAGACCUAACAUUCGAAUUGCUCCAGUUGAAACCCAUUCAUCUGGUGGAAUACAGUGCUGUUGGUGUAGAUGUUUCACCUGUAUACACAUCGAGUUCAUGAAAACUUUGCCGGGUGCUGUCAAAGUCGCUGAAACGAUAAUGAGUGGAUUGAUUCAGAGUUUAUUGAUAAAUUAUGGGCUUCGAUAUAGCGCAAAUAUUGGUUCAGCGUUCGAAAGUUCUUUAACAACAUCCUCAGCGUGCUUUUUCACCUCGGCGUUGCUACUCGGCUGCUACGUUAUUUCCGAAAGGUCUUAUAAUCUCAUCCGGGCGUCGCUCUUCGAAAUGAUGUUCAACGCAUUUGCUUGUUUUUUUUACUUGAGUUCCGCUUCUUACCUCGCAUUCUCUACUAAAAUGUUCCUCGGGGUUCAAUAUUAUAUUACACCGGGAUUUGACGUCUAUCCGGCGAUGACUGCCGCCUACAUGAUGAGCGGAGUUGUCGGUGUAAUUCAUGGUGCAGACGCGUACUUUUCAUUUAGACAUUACAGAGGAAGUAGAUAAUUAGAUUUAGUUUUAGUAUAUUUUAUAUUAAUAAUUAUUCAUAGAUAGGUCAAUAUUAAAUAUUCUACUG